AUGCCCGCAGUCAAGGGCGAUGGCAUGCGGGGGUUGGCCGUGUUCAUCUCCGACAUCCGCAACUGCAAGAGCAAAGAAGCCGAGCUGAAGCGGAUCAACAAGGAGCUCGCCAAUAUCCGCAGCAAAUUUAAAGGUGACAAGACGCUCGAUGGGUAUCAGAAGAAAAAGUACGUCUGCAAGCUGCUCUUCAUCUUCCUGCUCGGAAAUGACAUCGACUUUGGCCACAUGGAGGCGGUCAAUUUGUUGUCGUCGAACAAGUACACAGAGAAGCAGAUUGGCUACCUCUUCAUCUCGGUCCUCAUCGAGCAGAACUCCGAUUUGAUGAAGCUCAUUGUUCAAGCUAUCCGGAAUGAUUUGACCUCCCGCAAUCCGGUGCACGUGAACCUGGCCCUGCAGUGCAUAUCGAACAUUGGCUCCCGGGAUAUGGCCGAAGCUUUUGCUCAGGACCUACCAAAGCUGCUCGUCUCCGGCGACACCAUCGACUUCGUCAAGCAAUCCGCCGCGCUCUGUCUGCUCAAGCUUUUCCGAACCUCGCCCGACGUGAUGCCGUCGCCGGAUCAUGCUUCUCGCAUUGUACACCUGCUCAACGAUUCGCACAUGGGCGUCGUCACCUCAGCUGCGUCGUUGAUCGAGGCUCUUUCGAAGCGAUGGCCAGAGGACUACCGCGGCUGCGUAUCGCUCGCCAUCUCCAGGCUCAGUCGCAUCGUCACGUCCACCUACACCGAUUUGCAGGACUACACAUAUUACUUUGUGCCGGCACCAUGGCUUUGCAAGACCCCCUCGAAUAAGGCGCGACUGCUCGAGUGUCUCGAGGGUAUCCUCAACAAGGCCCAGGAUGCGCCAAAGUCCAAGAAGGUCCAGCACUCGAACGCGAAAAAUGCGGUGCUUUUUGAGGCUAUCGCUCUGAUCAUCCACAUGGACAGCGAGCCUAACUUGUUGGUCCGCGCCUGCAACCAGCUCGGCGCCUUCCUGACUCACCGCGAAACCAACUUGAGAUACCUCGCCCUCGAAUCGAUGUGUCUACUUGCGACGUCCGAGUUUUCUCAUGAAGCGGUCAAGAAACACCAGGAGACGAUCAUCACGUCGUUGAAAACCGAGCGGGACGUCUCCGUGCGCCAGCGGGCCGUCGAUCUGCUGUACGCGAUGUGCGAUCGAACAAAUGCCGGGGACAUCGUCCAGGAGAUGCUCGCCUACUUGGAGACGGCCGACUAUUCGAUUCGCGAGGAGAUGGUGUUGAAAGUCGCCAUACUCGCCGAAAAGUACGCCACCGACUACACGUGGUACGUGGACGUCAUCCUGAAGCUGAUCCGCAUCGCCGGCGACUACGUCAGCGAAGAAGUCUGCCCUCAAGUCCAGUUCGACCUGCUUCACUCAAAGUACCAUCUGUGCAGCAUCAACACACGCUGUCUGCUCCUCACCACCUACGUCAAAUUCUGCAACUUGUUCCCGGAGAUCAAGCACGUCAUCCAGGAGGUCUUCCGCACCGAUCACAACCUCCGGAACCCUGACGCCGAGCUGCAACAGCGUGCCGUUGAAUACCUGCAGAUGAGCCGUGUGGCGACUCCGGAUGUGCUGGCCACCAUCCUCGAAGAGAUGCCUCCAUUUGCCGAAAAGGAGAGCUCCCUCCUCGCCAAGCUCAAGAAGCACAAGCCGCAAGUGGAGGAGCUGGAGACGGCCAAGCCCAUCGACGCCUCGGUGGGCCCGAUGGCUCAGGUGCAGCAGUUGAUCAACUUCGUCUGCGUGCAAGAGUUCAACCGCAUGCCGAUUCUGCAGAUUUCCUUCAAUUACACUCAAACUGCCGGCGGGGCUGCGCGCUUCGACAAAUUCUUCUAUCUGCCGAUUUUCAUCAACAAGUUCUUCGAGCCGACGGACAUGACCAGCGAGACGUUCUUUGCCAGAUGGAAAGCCCUCGGGAUCCCGUCGCAAGAGAGCCAAAAGAUCUUCACGGCCAAGCACCCGAUCGACACGGCGGCCGUCAAUGCAAAGCUAACCGGCGUCGGCGCCAAACUGCUCGUCGACGUCGACCCGAACCCGGAUAAUUUCGUCUGUGCCGGCAUCAUCCACACGCAGACCCAGCAGAUUGGCACGCUGAUCCGGCUGGAGCCCAACAAGCAGGCCAAGGUCCAAUCUCUGGGAUGCACCAGCUUCGCUCUGCUGUUUGACGACAUCCCCAAGGAGAUGCACCGCGCCGACCAAGAUCGCUACGACUCCUUCGCCCAGGCGCAGGUGCAAGUCACCAAUAAGAUUUACGAGAUGCUUGGGCGACCGGUGUUCAUGUUCUGCCCCACCGAUGGGAUGAACACCGAGGACAACGCGUCGUCGAAGGUCUACUGCCCGGAAGAAGCUCUAAACAAGGCGCUCGCCGACUGGGAAAAGCUUUUCAACACGGAGACUGCUGAGGUCCCCACCGUCAAGCCGCAAAACUACCAGGAAGGCCUGGAGAAUCCGGAUAUCCCGUUGCCAAGUGAAUCGGCCGCUGUCAGCCGCUCCGGCUCGGUGGCGAUGGACAGCGACUUGACGGUGCCGCCCGACGUCUCGGCCGAGGUGGCCCUGCCGGUGAUGGCCGUCGACGAGAUGGUGCACGCUGUCAUGGGCGACCCGAAUUUGCAAGACGCGACCGAGCCGGACCUCGUGAACUCGUUGGUGCCCGAGUACAACACCUGCACGGUGAUGGGCACGCCGAUUGGGGCAAAUUCGCAUAAGAAUAGCCACGAAGAAGGAGCCACAGAGGACCCAGUCGCUGCGAAGACGGAAGCGGCCGAAAUGACAACAACAAGGGCUGCUCACUUGCAAAUCACGGCCGCGGACCUGCGCAAGCUACUCGACAUCUUCUACCUGCCCUUCCAAUACGGGCCCCAGGUUGAGAAGUUGCUGACCACGCUUGUCUACUUGCUGAACAACGCGCACAAGGGGGACCGCGGCUGCUCGCCGACGACGAUCGAUGGUUUACGCCAGGCGAUCGCCGACAUGUACCAGUUUGUCAACGAGUUCAACGGGUUGUACUGGAAGAUUAUGAAUUGCCCGAAUAAGCCCCUGCUCUCCGAACUGCUACCGUACGUCUGGGACGCUCACGGGACGCUGUCGCUGAUUGAGGGGCUUUCCCACUGGAUUGCCGCCGGAAAUAUGAGACGUCCGCUGAAGGCCCGCGUCAAUACGUGGACCAACGCGACGUUUGAGGACGAGGCAUGGUGCGGGGUUUGUCCGGCUCGCGGCUUUUCCGUCGACGUGACCGGGCUGCUGGCAAAUUCCGAUGGUCUGCUGGACUUGCUCAGGAAUCGGAAUCCGCUUCCGAUGUCGAUCCGCACUUUCCACGUUCGGACCGUCACCGUGGAGGAUACGAUCAACUUCCAUCAUCUUUUUGGCAACGGCGAACCGCCGGCUGAAUCGAACGAGGAGCUCUUUGAUCGCCACUUUGGCCCGUACACCUUCUCGCCGACGGAGCCGCACUUUGGGUUCAUCUCCUACGAGGAGUGGGUGGAGGAGGACGCGCAGGGGCUGCGGUACCCGCACUGUGCUGGGACUGGCAUCAAAAAUGUUGACACCUACUUGCGCAACAUUUGGCCCGACUACCAGGCGAUGAUGAUGGAGAAGUACAAGGAAUCGAUCCCGGAUGAGAAAGACCGCAAGGCCAAGAUCAACCUGUGGAAGCCGCAUGGCGUCUCGUCGGACAUCACGCAACGAUAUCCUUCCCGAAUUCACCUGCACGCCAAAUUCUGCACCGACGACUCCGUAGCGAUGAAGCGCAUCGUGCAGACGCUGGCCACCGUGCUGUCGUACUCGGGCUCGGCCGGCGUGCACGUCGUCUGCGAGCCGGACGACUACCAGAAGAUCUCCUUCCUCGCCAAGCUCCAGUUCAACCUGAUCCCCACGAAGCGCGCCGACGGGUUGGAGAUCUACGGGUACCGCUUCUGCUCCUACGUCCACUCCAGCCCGUCCGACAGCGCCGACGAGGACGAGGAGAUGGCC